UAUGGUUGAAUAUUAUCGAAAAUUAAUGAACCAUCGCAGCAGGAAUCUCAUUAGCAUAAACCUUUCAUUCAAAAGUUUGAUCAGUGUUCAAUUAUAUACAAGUUUAUGUAAGCAGUAUCUUUUUAUUGACCUGAAGAGGCAAUUAAAAAUCCACAAGUAAGUAACAACAUUAACACUUUGAAAAUUAGCUAGCUCUUUAGGUUUUUGUCAUCAUUUGUAUUACAUACAAUCUGUGGACACAUAAAAUAUUAUUUUAUUGGUGCUUCAUGAUCUAUUAAUACACUUAAGGCUUUUUAAUUUGGGAAGUUUGGCAUUAAAGC